AUGAGUGCCCCCCAACCCCUUUCAGAAUCCUUUACACAUUUGGUUGGAGACUGCGAGCUGGUGUUUAAGCACCCGGUGAGUUAUGAGCCACCCUUGUAUUUGUUCCCGGAGUUGUUAGGCAAGGUCCCAGAAGGAACAGCACCGGUGGCUGUGGGUGAUGCGGUGUCAGACGCACUUGUUGUUGAGUCUUCAUUUCUCAACAUUGCUGAGUUGUUUCAUUUACCCACUGAGGAUUUGCGGAAAGGCGUCGGGAGCGCAAAGCGCGGUGCUGCUGCUGGUGAUAUCACUCCUCCACAAGACGAGGCGGAGAAAAAAGGACCCAAAGUUACGCUGGCAUCUCUGCUGGCAUCAAAUCGCCUCCAGUCGAUUGGACUAACGGCGGAGGUGCUCCAACGUGGGAAAUUUUCCUCGGGUGCUGUCAUAGAUGAGUUGCUCAAACUCAAACAACGUGUGGGGCUUAACGAUGAUGAAGCGAAGGUUAUAAUGUCUAAUCACUUUAUUAAUCUCCUUGCAUGGAGCACCGCUGUUGAGAUUAAUAGUCAUCAAUUACCCGCCAAGAGAGGAAGAGAGAGUGAUAACAAUGGUGAUGCCUAUGAGAGAGAAGAAAUUGUGGCGGGUUGCAAUGAGAAAAAACGGGACCGUCCGUGUAGUGACGAUGGCGCAGGUGAAAUAGACAUCCAAACACUACAGCCGUCAGAGGACCCGUGGAGUAAUGAUGUUGACCUUCACCCCGGUACUUUCGUCGCUGCAGCAGAAAAGGAUGUGGAGAAACGUGUUGAGCUAAUAGAGAAUCUUACAAAACUCUAUCGCCGUCCAUGGCGAACCCUACAAUCCAAGGGGAUCCAAACGGAUCGUCUCGUACCUGGGGUGAUAAAUGAAACAGCACCCUAUGUAGACUUGAUGAAGCUUCCGGGGGCGUAUCUUGAUGGGGUGAGAGAGCUUGGUUGGAAACCGGCAGUUCAUAGCAAUUCAGAGGAGAGGUGCCGUUGGAUAUUACAGGUGACAUCAACUAGUGUGAGUGAUUCUCAAACAAUUUCCGUGCGAGGCCGGGUGAUGCACUUUGGCCGUACCGCUGGUGUGGUAAGUUCGGUGUCUAACGGCAUAACAAACAUCCAUGUUGGUCUUGUUUCCUUAACUCAACACCCGGAGUUUGUAUCCCCACACCACUUUUCCUUGUUUUUGUUGCCCAAUAAGUCGAGUUCCUCCGGCACUGGGGAGGACUCGAAGAGGCGGGAAGAUGGGGGCACUGAGGUGCAGGAAAACGAAGAGGUUUCACAAUUCCUCUGGUUGGUUAAUUAUGGUCGUAACGGUGUUCGCGUUCAGGGAAAGCAGUGGACACUCGGAAAUAUGCUCCGCCUGGAGGUGGGAGACGUUUUCUAUCCUACGCACGAUAUCCGCGUGGUUGUGGCCGAUGGGUUGGCAGCUGUUGGAUUACCAGAAAUCAGAAAGAAAACGGAUGAGGAGGGGGAGGCGGAAGCGGAAGUUGCUGUAAAGCCGGAACCUGUUGUUUCAUUGGACGGUUGA